AUGAAAGAACAAGAAAGAGAGAUAGUGAACACGUUCUGGAUUCAAUCCAAAAAAUAAAAGAUCUAAAAGGUUAAGUAUAUCCACACGUACUUGACCUUAUUCAAAGUUUCAGGCGCUGGACGAAGAUUCGAACGCACGGAGAUCUGACCUCACUUCGGUCAAAAGCGAACACCAGUUUAUUAGUUUACUAGUUCUAGGGUGUUGACCUGUCCUCCGUCUCUUUUUGACACGUCGGCGUCGAAAACGACGUCGUGUGAGGUUAAAAUGAGUGCUUCUUCGCGGCUGAUUUAAUCUGACCAGCGGACAACUUGAACCCAUAAUUAUUAACAUCAUGCGGCUGCUGUGACCAGCCCUUUUUUGACCUUUAUUUAUUUGAAACUCUCUCCGUUUCUUUCUCUGACUCUCCCCCUUCUUCACCCUCUCCUCUAUUUUGCCCUUUUGUUACCAAUUUAAAUCUAAAAGAUUUUGUUGAUCUGCGCCUUCAGUUCCGGGAUUUUAGCGGAACUUAGAUUUAAUUAGCUUUUUUUUUGAAGAAAAAAAUUGGGGGCGCAGAUAUUAUUGAUGUGGUUUCAUUUAAUUGUAAUUAAUUGAUUAAUUAAUCGAAGCGGAAUAUUUUUUUCUUUUUGCGUUACUCUUUGGAAAUGGCUUCGAGUUUUGAUCGGUGGGAAAAAGAUCCUUUCUUCUCUGUGGCUGAAGAAGUUCAGGAAUCUGCUGACAGGAUGGAAUCGACAUACAGAACCUGGAUACACGCGAAAAAGGACGUUUCUAGUACCUGGAAUUUGGAGGAACUUCGUAGGGAUCUGCGUACUGCCCUUGGCACUACCAAAUGGCAGUUAGAGGAGUUUGAAAAGGCUGUCCAAUCAAGUUACGGUGGGAGUUCAAGUGAGGAUUCUAGAGAUAGGCAUCGCGAAUUUAUUGUAGCAAUUGAGGAUCAGAUUUCAAAGAUUGAAAAAUCAUUGCAGGAAUCAGCUCUUUCGGAGGGUAAGGCAUCGAUGCCUUGGGUGCAUUUGGAUGAAGGUGAAUGCAAUGAGCUUGCUUUAUUUUUGUCUGGACCAUCUGUAUCUGGAGAGAAGAAACUUCCUCCUAAGAGUCAUGGUAGAGAAAAUGAAAUCACACAAGGUAUCAAUAAAGAAUCAGUGGCACAUUGCUCAAAGAAUCCUCAGUCUGUUGAGUGGAGCUCCUCUGAGGCUAAGGGCCAAAAGCCACAUGGGCAUAGGAGGACUGCUAGUGCUAGUGCUGACAUUGGUGCUUGGAAGAUUGCAAUUGCUGAUGAUGCUUUGAAUCAGAACUCUUCCAAUGGUCAGGCCUCCAUUCCCCCACGAAAGGUACCAAGCUUGUCUGGUUUCCUUGAUUCCCUGGAUUCUGUAGCCAAGUUGAAGUGGCCAAAGAAUGGCAUCAGGAAGUGCAAGGCGGUAGAUCAUCAUCAAGAGUCUGAUACAGAGUUGUUGAGACCUCCUCAGUUGGAUAGGGGCAUUAAUGCAUGCUAUGAAAGAAGUAAGAGUUGCCUGAAUUGCGAUGAUUGUUAUGAUAAGCAACUUUAUGGCUGGUAUGGGGCUAUUCAAAGACAGCUUCAAAGGUCUCAGUACCAAAUGCAAUAUAGCCGUCCCAUUCAACUGUCAGUUUGGAUUGUCCUCUUCCUUUGCUUGAUUGUUUUAAUCGCAUUUCAUACAAUAUGAAAAGGAGACGCCGAAUCUUCAGUCAGCAGUUUUUACUUAGUGGCUUGAUAUUUGGGGUGUAGGUGGUUGAGGAGUAUAGAUUGUGCAUAUUAUACUCACUCGAUGUUUGACCCGGGUAAGUUUUGGGUGAAGGCAGUACGUAAAAAAGCGAGAGCACCUUUUUUUGUCUUCUCUUUUCCUUGACCACUUCUUGUCUCUCCCUUCCAACAUUGAUUUUUCAGAUGAAGGGAAAGUCCUGUAGUUUAAUUGAGGAGCAGAGGGAUGACUUAGUUGAACUGAGGCUGUUGGAUCAUGUAAUAUAUGUUCUUUUUUCUUUUCUCCUUACAGACGAGUUUGUUGUAUUAAUACAAAUCGUGUAGCAUUUCAAGCCCCCCA